CAUGUCUGUACGGAAAAAACGCACAUGUGUUUUCUUCAUCUCCAUUCUCGAGAUUCUCACUUUUUUCUUUCUUUUAUGCGCAUAAGCACAGCCAUGGAUUCCUUAUCGGCCCUGUUUUAAUUAGAAAUAUCUUCGGUUCCAAAUUCUCUAUUUUUCUUCCCUUCUGCCAUGGAAAGCGCCAAUUUCCUCCAAACUCUCAUUGAUUCUGUCAAUUUCUUGUUUCCAUGGCGGCGGUGGAGUGAAACCGUGGACAACCAAGAGCAAGGGCGCUCGAUUUUCACCUUCUUGGCCGGAUUUCUGGUUAUUUAUCUAUAUGUCAGAUUUUGUCGGCGGCGCGUGCGGCUGCCACCGGGUCCACGCGGCGUUCCACUGCUCGGAAAUCUGCCGUUUCUCGACCCAGAGCUGCACACCUACUUCACGGAACUGGGCCGGAAAUACGGCCCAAUUGUAAAGCUCCAGCUCGGCAAGAAGAUCAAGCCUAAUGUGUCGGACUUUUUUCCGGGCCUGGCCCGGUUCGAUCUCCAGGGUAUUGAGAAGCAGAUGCGGUCGAAGCUGGUCCCCAGAUUCGAUAACAUCUUCGAUAAGAUGAUCAAUCAACGGCUGGGGUUUGCUGAAGGGGAAGCCAAGAGAAAUGAUUUCUUGCAGUUUUUGCUGGAGGUCAAAGAUGAGGAGGAUUCCAAAACUCCUCUCACUAUGAUCCAACUCAAAGCCUUGCUCAUGGAUAUGGUGAUUGGUGGGACGGACACAUCUUCAAAUACCAUAGAGUUUGCGAUGGCAGAAAUGAUGAAGAACCCGCAAGUUCUGAACAGAGCAGUGGAAGAAAUAGACGCCAUUGUUGGGAAAGAGAACAUCGUAGAAGAGUCGCACAUACAUAGUUUGCCAUAUCUCAAAGCAGUAAUGAAAGAAACUUUGCGUUUGCAUCCAAUUCUGCCGCUGUUAGUGCCGCACUGCCCGAGCGAGACCACUACGAUCUCCAACUACACAAUCCCGAAGGGCUCUAGAGUGUUCAUCAACGUUUGGGCUAUUCAGCGAGACCCGAAUCAAUGGGAAAAUCCAUUGGCUUUCGACCCACAGAGGUUUUUGAAUGGUAAGUGGGAUUUCAGUGGGAGUGAUUUUCGUUACUUUCCAUUCGGAUCUGGCAGAAGAAACUGUGCAGGGAUAGCCAUGGCGGAAAGAACGUUUAUGUAUUUGCUGGCUACGCUUUUGCAUUCAUUCGAUUGGAUACUGAAAGAAGGUGAGGAAGUUGAGACUAAGGAGAAAUUUGGGAUUGUUUUGAAGAAGAAAACGCCUCUUGUUGCCAUUCCGACGCCCAGAUUAUCUGACCCAACUUUGUAUCAAUAACCAGCUUUGGCUUCUGCCAUUAUUGUGUAUUCAAAGCUUGCCAAAGAUAAUUAAUGUAAAUAUGUAAUUUGCACCAA